UCGCGCCAAUUUCGGUUGGUCUGCCACACUCCGCCUCACCGCCGUUCUUUGCUCCCAGGAGUGAAACUCCUGAACCUGCCAACUGCUGCCGCACGGCCCCUAGCAGCAAUGGCACUUAAGGACUACGCGCUCGAAAAAGAAAAGGUUAAGAAGUUUCUACAAGAGUUUUACCAGGAUGAGGAAUUUGGGAAGAAGCAGUUCAAGUAUGGGAACCAGUUGGUUCAACUGGCUCAUCGGGAACAAGUGGCAAUGUAUGUGGACCUGGAUGACGUAGCUGAGGAUGACCCUGAGCUUGUGGACUCAAUUUGUGAGAAUGCCAAGCGCUAUGCGAGGCUAUUUGCUGAUGCUGUACAAGAGCUGCUACCCCAGUACAAGGAAAGGGAGGUGGUAAAUAAAGAUGUCUUGGAUGUUUACAUUGAGCACAGACUGAUGAUGGAGCAGCGGAGCCGGGAUCCUGGGGCUAUCCGAAACCCCCAGAACCAAUACCCUCCUGAGCUCAUGCGUAGAUUUGAGCUGUAUUUUCAAGGUCCAAGCAGCAAUAAACCUCGUGUGAUCCGAGAAGUACGGGCCGACUCUGUGGGGAAAUUGGUAACUGUACGUGGAAUUGUCACUCGUGUUUCUGAAGUCAAACCCAGGAUGGUGGUCGCCACUUACACUUGUGAUCAGUGUGGGGCAGAGACCUAUCAGCCGAUCCAGUCCCCAACUUUCAUGCCUUUGAUCAUGUGCCCAAGCCAGGAGUGCCAGACCAACCGCUCAGGAGGGCGGCUGUAUCUGCAGACCCGUGGCUCCAAAUUUAUCAAAUUCCAGGAGAUGAAGAUGCAAGAACAUAGUGACCAAGUGCCUGUGGGAAACAUUCCUCGUGGCAUCACAGUGCUAGUGGAAGGAGAGAAUACAAGGAUUGCCCAGCCUGGAGAUCACGUCAGUGUCACUGGUAUUUUCUUACCAGUCUUGCGCUCGGGGUUCCGACAGGUGGUGCAGGGUUUACUCUCAGAAACUUACUUGGAAGCCCAUCGAAUUGUGAAGAUGAAUAAGAGUGAGGAUGAUGAGGCUGGGGCCGGAGAGCUGAGCAGGGAGGAGCUAAAGCAGAUUGCAGAGGAGGAUUUCUAUGAAAAGUUGGCUGCUUCAAUUGCCCCAGAGAUAUACGGGCACGAGGAUGUGAAGAAAGCACUGUUGUUGCUUCUUGUUGGUGGCGUUGACCAGUCUCCUCGAGGCAUGAAAAUCAGGGGUAACAUCAACAUCUGCCUGAUGGGGGAUCCUGGUGUGGCCAAGUCUCAGCUCUUAUCUUACAUUGAUCGUCUGGCACCCCGUAGCCAGUACACAACAGGCCGGGGCUCCUCUGGAGUGGGGCUAACAGCAGCUGUGCUGAGAGACAGUGUGAGCGGAGAAUUCACCUUGGAGGGUGGAGCCCUUGUGCUGGCUGACCAGGGCGUGUGCUGCAUUGAUGAAUUUGACAAGAUGGCUGAGGCUGAUCGCACAGCCAUCCAUGAGGUCAUGGAGCAGCAGACCAUCUCCAUUGCCAAGGCGGGCAUUCUUACCACACUCAAUGCCCGCUGCUCUAUCCUGGCUGCCGCCAACCCUGCCUAUGGGCGCUAUAAUCCCCGCCGAAGCCUGGAGCAGAACAUACAGCUUCCUGCUGCACUGCUAUCCCGAUUUGACCUCCUCUGGCUGAUCCAGGACCGGCCUGACAGAGACAAUGACCUUCGGUUGGCCCAGCACAUCACCUAUGUGCACCAGCACAGCCGGCAGCCCCCUUCCCAGUUCGAACCUUUGGACAUGAAGCUUAUGAGACGGUACAUAGCUAUGUGCAGAGAGAAGCAGCCCACAGUGCCCGAGUCUCUGGCUGACUAUAUCACAGCAGCAUAUGUGGAAAUGAGGCGAGAGGCUUGGGCCAGUAAGGAUGCCACCUAUACAUCUGCUCGGACUCUGCUGGCUAUUCUCCGACUUUCUACUGCUCUGGCACGCCUGCGAAUGGUGGACACAGUGGAGAAGGAAGAUGUGAAUGAAGCCAUACGGCUAAUGGAAAUGUCAAAGGACUCACUUCUAGGCGACAAGGGGCAAACAACUAGGACCCAGAGGCCAGCAGAUGUGAUAUUUGCCACUAUCCGUGAAUUGGUCUCAGGGGGCCGAAGUGUCCGGUUUUCCGAGGCAGAGCAGCGCUGCAUAUCACGUGGUUUCACACCUGCCCAAUUCCAGGCGGCUCUGGAUGAGUAUGAGGAGUUGAAUGUCUGGCAGGUCAAUACCUCCCGGACAAAGAUCACCUUUGUUUAACUGCUAUCUGCCUGAGACAAUGAACCAACCAGGAUUAUGCUGACCUGCUUGCUCUUCUGAAAAUGUAGUGACGCCCUGGAGGGGAAGGAGACCCCUUCUUCCCAUUGAUGCACUUGUUUUAUUCCUUUUGCUAAUAAAGUGUUGCCACCUUUUA